AUGGCGGAGCACGACCUGACGGCGCGGAUGGCGGCGCACAUGAACUGCCACCUGGUGUUCCCGCUGCUGGAGUUCCUGCAGUGGCGACCUGGUCGGGUCUACGCGGUCGAGGAGAUCCUCCAGGCCAAGCUGCGCCUCCUGAUCCAGGGCACCAACAUGGUGGAUUACGCCAUGGACACCCACAAGCUGCUCCACGGCGACACAGACGACGACGUCGUCGUCCCCGUCCCCGACGACAUGGUCGAGCGCCGCCACGAGGUCGUCACCAGGCUCGGGGCGCUCGCCGCCCCCGCCGCCCCCAUCGUCUCCGCCCUCAAGAACCACCAUCUCGGCCCCGACAAGGAGCACAACAUCCGCAUGCUCCAUGAGCGCUUCCAGAUUGGUCCUGAUCAGAUCGAGGCUCUGUAUCAGUAUGCCAAGUUUCAGUUCGACUGCGGGAACUACCCAGAUGCUGCUGAAAACUUGCAUCGAUACCGUGCUCUGUGCACGAGCAGCGAGAGGAGCUUGAGCGCCCAGUGGGGGAAGCUGUCGGCCGAGAUUCUGAAUAACAACUGGGAUGUUGCACUGGAGGAGCUCAAUUGUCUGAAGGAGAUGAUCGAUUCAAAGAACUCCUCUUCACCGCUAAAUCAGCUCCAGAACAGGAUAUGGCUCAUGCACUGCAGUAUCUUCAUCUUCUUUAACCAUGGAAACGGCAGCUACGGGAUCAUCGAUCUGUUCUUCCAGGACAAGUACUUGAAUGCGAUCCAGACAGAUGCACCACAUCUUCUGAGAUACCUUGCUGCAGCAAUUGUUGUGAACAGAAGGAGAAGGAAUAUGCUUAAAGAGUUGGUUAAAGUCAUUCAACAGGAGCAGCACAGCUACAAGGAUCCCAUUACUGAAUUCCUGGAAUGCCUGUACGUUAACCAUGAUUUUGAUGGCGCACAACAGAAACUCAUAGAGUGUGAGCAGGUCAUACUGAAUGAUCCUUUCCUGGGAAAGCGAAUUGAGGAAGGGAAUUCAAUUACUGUUCCUUUGAGAGAUGAAUUCCUUGAAAAUGCUCGUCUGUUGAUCUUCGAAAGUUACUGCCGUAUUCAUCGGUGCAUUCAUAUCGGCAUGCUCUCUGAGAAGCUGAAAAUGAGCUACAAUGAGGCGGAAUUGUGGAUCAUGAACUUAGUCAGCAAUUCAAAGCUCGACGCCAAGAUUGAUACAGCGUCUGGAACUCUUAUCAUGACGGCCAAUCAUGCUAACAUCCAUCAGCAGUUUAUUGAAAGCUUGAAGAAUCUUGACAUGCGGACUUUCAUGCUAGCAAAGAGCACUAUGGAGCCAGCUUAA